CUUGUUCAUUGCAUCGUUGAACGAGAAAUGUACCAGCUAAUGUCUUCCGGGCGUGUCUGCUACUUUGUAUGGUGGUAGGGAGGCAGCGCACCGUUUAGGGAUUGUCCAAAUCGUUUUCCAAGACCGUUGUGGCGAGCGGUAUUGAAAUGUCAGACUCCAGUACUCCAGCCGGUGAGCCUUCGCGUGCCCCUUUCACCCGCGCUCCUUGUGGCAUUGUUUCCCAUGUCGCCGCGUCUCUCUUCGAGCUCCAUUCUCCCUUCAACCUUGGUCCAAAUCUACAUCUCUAUAGCGUCGCAUUUUCACAAACUCCUCGUUCGAAAAACACGCCUUGGAUCCAACGCAACAUGGACGAGCUACCAACAGAAUUGAUAGCAAACAUCUGCGACCACUUCGAUUCUCCCCGUGAGCUGCUGGCGUUCAGAGCCGUAGCCAGACGCUAUCGCGACAUCGUGGAAUCCUGCACAAAUGUGAGGCUUCGAUUAUGUCGCGCCUAUUUCCCUGCUUUCGACGAUGCGCUCCUUGCCAUUCGGCUCCAGCGUAUUCCCAUCGAUUCUCGCUGCCAUUUCAGCCUCUCACAGAAUCGGUACUCGUUCAUCCCUACCCAAGACUACUUCCAGGCCGUGAUGGAGGGCCGCCCUGUCCCUCCCUGCGAUAUCCACAGCUGCCCUUUGCCUCCCUCAGCGCCAUGGUAUGAGGAAUUGGAAGCGGUGAUGGACCUGUAUUUGCUUGCGCUCGCGUUUCAUGCCACCGCUGAAAACGGCAUCAACCACAUCAUUCAUGGCAUGCCUGGGAUCCAGUGUGGUAUCACCAUACACGAAUGCAUGACAGAAUUUGCACCUCAGUAUAUCGAGACGUACUUGCGAAGUUUCUACCGCAUGUGCGCCUUUGGAUCUGUCUUCGGCCAGGGCUUAUUCGCCCAGCCUGUUAUCAAUGCGUUGGAGAAGAUGCCCCCGCAAGAAGGCGAACACUCUCCAGAUAUCUGGGAAGAUUUUCAGGAGGAAACGAGACAAUACCCGCUGUAUCGCCAAGCUUACAAUAAUUUCGGCAAUGAUGACUUCUCCUGGGAAUACUCUGAACGCCUUCUUUUUAAGGGCUUUUUUGACUGGCUCUAUUCGCAGCCAGAACCCAGUAACUUGGACCCUAGCUUACCUGUUCAUCCACCCCAGGUUAUCCCUCAAAGGCUCUUCACCGACAAAGAACGAAAAGUACUGGCGCUUCUUCAGCUCUGGAAAGUGACUUACUGGUCAUAUGAACGUGGAAAGGGGGAGACCCCCGAUACAGAAGGUUAUGUAAAGGCCCUGUUCAACGAUACUUUAUGGCCAUCGGGAAGACUUCCUAAGACUAUCUAUCGCCCUACGCUCAAGAAAUCCCGCUGGAGUGAACCACUCAAGAUUAUCAGGAUUAUCAAUCAUUGGGCAGAAGCCAAAGACAUGGCCUCGACUGUCGUAGAACCACACAGCAAUACCUGGGUCCAGCGAGCUGUAGACACGGGUAUGGAUUAUGAACUGUUUCUCUGUCCAUGGGACACAGUGCUUUCAGUAGAGCUCAAACACCGGUUUCGAGUGAAGUUCAUCGAUCGCGUUGAUUUCAUGUUCCGCCCGGAUUUUGGUCUCCUGAACCCUCUCGACGAAGUCCGGGAGAUUCAGGGCGUUUCAUAAUCCUCGUUCUGGAUCCCUCCAACAUUUGGGACAUAUCUACGGACGAC